AUUGUCCACUUGGAGCCGGGCAAUAUAACGUCAUCGGGUGCCUCGGUUGCACCCCGCUAGUGCUGUCGUCCCAACACCCUCCAUCCCAACUUUAUAUUCCGCUUCACUUGCCCUUUCACCGAUUCUCGAGCUGGAAACACAUUUUGGCCAACUGACUAUUACAGCACUCUAAGGUAAAUAACACACACCUCGAAAUGGCAAAUCUCAUGAAAGCAGUCGACAUAAAGAAUGGCAAAGGCCCCGCCGAGGCCCUCUUCCUCAACCCGGCCACCCCGAUCCCGCAGCCGCCGCCGGGCCAUGCGCUCGUCAAGGUGCGCGCCUUCGGGCUGAACCGGAUGGACCUGAGUCAGCGCGAGGGGCGCUACCCGCUGCCGCCGCAGGCCCCCGCCACGCUGGGCGUCGAGUUCAGCGGCACCAUCGUCGCCGUGACUCCAUCCUCCUCUUCCUCUGACGCCGCCGCCUCUGCCGAUGGUAGCAGCAGCAGCAGCAGCGGCGGCGGCGGCGGCGGUAAUAACCCGCCGGCGGCCUUCGCCCCCGGCGACGAGGUCUUCGGCCUCGCCUACGGCGGUGCCUACGCCGAGUACAUUGCCGUGUCGACGCGGAUGCUGCUGCGCAAGCCGGCGCACCUGACCUUUGAGCAGGCGGCGGGCAUCCCCGAGACGUGGCUCACGGCGACGCAGGCGCUGCAUUUCGUGCUGGGCGGCGUCGAGGGCGGCGGCGGCAGCAGCAGCGGUAAGAAGAGCAUCCUGUGGCACGCGGGCGCGUCGGGCGUGUCGAUCGCCGGCAUCCAGCUGUCGCGGCUGGCGGGCGCGGCGCAGGUGUUCGCGACGGCCGGGUCGGCGGACAAGUGCGCCUUCGUGGAGCGCGAGCUCGGGGCGACGGCGGCGUUCAACUACAAGGAGCAGGACUGGGUGGAGGAGGUGCUGAAGCGCACGGAGGGCAAGGGGGUGGAUCUGGUGGUGGAUUUCGUUGGGGCCAGCUACUUCCAGAAGAACCUGGACGUGGUGGCGCGCGACGGGCGGAUUUGCAUGCUGGGCCUGCUGGGCGGCGCGGUGGCGGAGCAGGUGAACAUCGGCAAGCUGCUCUACAAGCGGGCGCGGAUCGAGGGCAGCACCCUGCGGAGCCGCGACGAGGACUACCAGGGCAGGCUGCGGGACAGGCUGGAGGAGUACCUGCCCAAGUUUGAGAGCGGCGAGCUCAAGGUCUGGAUCGACACGGUGCUGCCGUGGGAGGACAUAGUAAAGGCUCACAAGCUGCUUGAGGAGAACAAGACCAUGGGCAAGAUCAUCUGCACCAUCUCGUGAGGCUGCGGGAGACUGCCCCUGAAUUGAGGGCAGAUUCAACAAGAACGCAGUGGUAUCCGCCUGCUGUACAUCGAAACCAGACAGCCCAACCCUGAACCGGAACGCCUGUCGUGAAUGUCCUCUCAAUGCUCGUUGAUCCAUUUCAGCAUCUGAUCGUACGCCGUUGCCUGCGCGAUCUUGAUGUUGGGGUCUUCGUACUCUCCCACCACCGCAAAACCUACCCUCCUCGUCAG